ACAAGGUAAUAGUAUAAAAUGAAACCGAGAGCUGCAGUGAUUUAGUAUCAAUACAUUUAAACAGCCUUGAACAGAUCAACAUCAAAAAAACAAGAUCUGAGUUUUGCUGUCAUGAACAAUAUCUUUUCUAGCAUGUUGGGCCUUUGUUUAAUAGCCAUUCUGUCUUUAAUUGCUGGCAUCACUGCAAAACCAUCAGUUGUACAUCCUAAACAUCACCGUAACCAUCAUCAACAAGUCUGCAUCUCUAAAGAAGAUUUAGAGCAAAUAGGAGAAAGUGUUCUGCAGCCCUUUAUUGGAAAGAAUAUGCACUGGGAACAAAACCCUGCAGUAUACCUGGUACCUCAGCUGGAAGACAUUCAGGAGAGGAGGAGACGACGCAGGAGAGAACCAGAAAAAGGCUGCCCAAAUCUGAGAACAUCAGAGGCCAGUGGCACCGCACCUCUCCAUGAGAGAUCUAUUUCACCAUGGUCAUACCGAAUCAACUAUGAUGAGAACAGGUACCCUCAAAAGCUAGCAUAUGCUACAUGUCUAUGUAAUGGAUGCCUUGACAGCCGAUCCGGCAAGGAAAUCAAUUCUGUUAACUCUGUGGAGAUCUACCAAACCAUGAUGGUGCUGCGGAGAAAGCCCUGUCCAACCAACCACAAAACCUUUACUUAUGAGUUGGAAUAUGAGAAAGUCCCUGUGGGAUGUACCUGUGCUUUACCUAAAUAUUAAGUCAAUAAGAGACUUGUAACUCCUAUGGAGUACUGAUCUUUAUAUUAACACAAACCUAACCUUUGUUAUGACCAUGUCACACAAAGCCUUGUUUGUUUGUUUUAAAACAUUUCUUGUUAUUAGUGUUGUAUUUUUCAGAUUGCUGUAUAUUAUUAUUGAAUCUUCUCUUUAUGUAGAGAAACAACCGCACACCAUAUUUUGAUAGGUUCAGAUUACAUAUUUUGAAAAAGAAGAUGGUAAAAAUCUUCUUGCAGUACCAUAGCAUUGUAUAUCCUCUAAAAAAAUAUAUAAUGUUUUAGAGUAUAACACAAGCUAGUACUAGAAGGAAGAUCCUUGAAGAAUAUUUGUUAUAUGCAACGUUGGUUGUUCCUAAUGGGUUUUGUAUUGUACAUAAAGCCUACUCUAGAUGGUUAGACACCACUAUUGGAACAUUAUUUUGAUUUUUAAAAUCUGUGUUGAUGACUACUACAUAUAACUCAAUUGUUAUGAGCUUUGAAAAGAAUCUUAUGCAGUACUAUAAUGCUCUGAGAGUAUUUCAGCAGUGAUUAGAUGUGUUCUUGUUCAAAUAAUUUCAUUGACUCUACAGGAUUCCAAUUUUAAAAAGUUAUGAAGAUUCUGUAGUUGUUGUCAGUGUAAUCUGUAAGCCCUUAAAGGGAAAUAAAAGUGCAAAAAGGAAAUGCUUAAAUAUGUUAGAGCAUAUGAUCAUUGCACUACACUUGCAUAUAAAUAUGUGUUUUAUCCCUGCUGGCGCCUAGCUGAACACAGCUGAGCCAAUGACAAAAAGUAUAUGGGUGCAGCCACCUAUCACCAAUUAGCUCCCAGUAGUGCAUUGCUUCUCAUGAGUUUACCAGGGUACUUUAAUUUUCAAUUUGUAUGUCCCUUUAUAAACAAUAUACUAAUUCAAGGAACAUAAAUAAGUCCCUGACAACCAUUGGUACCAAUUGGAUGAUGUUCCCAAACUCCUUGAACCCCUUGUUACUGCAUUGCACAACAUCAACAGCAAAAUGUUUAACCUUUUUGACUGCUUUGUUAAGCCAAGUAUAACUCAAGAGUUAGUGCUAUAAUAUAGAUAUUUUAUUGUAAAAUAAUAUUUAUUCUGAAGGUUUCUGUUAAAUUAUAUGCUUGACUUUUAACAAUGAUUUGUUUUUUUGUUGCUAUAAUUAUUAGCAUAUUUAUUUGUGAUAUUUUUUUUGUAUAAUUAUAUAUUUAUUUAUUAAGUGUUUUAAUGUUAAUUUAUUUCAGAGUUAAAACUACAGUUGCUAUUAAUAUUAUUAUUAUUAUUUAUUUAUUAUUGUGUGAAUUUUUAAUUGUUAAUCAUGGAUUAUGAUUUUACUAUUUCUCUUUUGGAACUAUUUAAAUAUCUGUUUUUAUUAUUGCUAAAGAAUGUUGAUAUUGUAUGGUGAUAGAGAAAUCUAACUGCUGUCCUGUAGACAAGCUAACAUCAUAUAAAGACCAUCUUUGCACCUUGUGUAUAUGAAAUUCAUAUCUAUAUUUAAUUUUACAUUUGCAAAUCCUUUUAAUUUAUAUUAUGAUAUAUGUGUUCAGCUUGCUUCAUUUGUUGUUUUAUAAAAAAAAAGAACAAACAAAAAUAAAAAUAAUUUGUUUAUCUUUAA